UUCAGAAUUCACCUACGUAUCGUGAACACUGAGAAAUCUGUCAGUUUAGUUUGAGUCUGUGUAGAGGUUAGACUUUGUUUACACAAUUUCUUCUAUGUGCAUAUACUUCCAACGAUGUCUGGUGUUGGGAGCAAUUUCACAGUGUUAGCUGUUAUCACUGCAAUCUCCUAUUUGUUUUUGGGAUGGACAGCAACUCUUUUCAUAAGUUUGCUGUGGUUUAUCUGCACAGAAGGCAGAUAUAGAAGUGUUCUAGUCAAUAUCAAAAUGGCACCAAGAGAUUUGAGUACCUCCAUUAACUUUCUAAAGUAUGCAUUUACUAUAAAAUAUUGGGAGUGGAAAGGAUGGACUACACCACAGGUACUCUUAGUGCACGCCAACAGACACCCUGACAAAGCAGCCAUUGUACACGAAUCUUCGACAUUCACUUUCUCCCAGGUUGAAGAGUACAGCAACAGGGUUGCCAACUACUUCAAAGCACAGGGAAUCAAACGCGGAGAUGCUGUGGCCAUAUUUAUGGAGGCUCGUCCCGAAUAUGUGUGCCUCUGGUUAGGUCUGUCAAAAAUCGGAGCCGUCUCAGCCUUGGUCAACACAAACCAACGUAGCAAUGUUUUGGCGCACUCUCUUCAAGUAGCCAGCUGUAAGGCCGUCAUCGUUGGAACUGAACUGUCAUCACACAUCAAAGAAAUACUCUCCUCGAUUCCUGAUGUUGACAUCUAUCUGACCGGAAAAGAUAAGUCCAAGGUGGACUUGAAGGGCAAGGAUUUGGAUAGUGGUCUGCAAUCAUCCUCCACCGAUCCUCUGCCCAAAGACAUCGCCCUCGCUAAGAUGACUGAUAAGUUCGCAUACAUCUACACGUCGGGAACUACUGGCUUGCCAAAAGCGGCUGUCAUGACUCACUGCAGAUUCAUGUUCAUGGUUGUCAGUACAAACAAAGUAGUGAAUAUCACUGAGGAUGAUGUUGUGUACGAUCCACUGCCUCUGUACCACACUGCUGGAGGUCUAUUGGGUAUUGGACAAGCUCUACUUUGUGGCUCCACUGUUGUAAUCAGAUCGAAGUUCUCAGCCUCCAACUUCUGGAACGACUGUAUCAAAUAUAAUUGUACUGUGGCCCAAUACAUUGGAGAGAUGUGCCGUUACCUGCUCGCACUGCCAGAGAAACCGGAGGAGAAACAACAUAAGGUCAGGCUGAUUGUCGGAAACGGAUUGAGACCCCAAAUCUGGGCUCAGUUCAUGAAACGUUUCAACAUUGAGCGGGUUGGCGAAUUCUAUGGUGCUACUGAGGGAAAUGCUAAUUUGAUGAAUGGCUAUAAUAAAAUUGGCGCAGUCGGAUACGUUCCAUGGUUUGCUGUACCUGUCUAUCCUGUUACUCUGGUCAAAGCUGACCCCGAAACCAAUGAACCAAUUAGAGGCGAGAAUGGUCUGUGCAUCAAAUGUGAAACAGGUGAACCUGGAAUCCUUAUCGGAGCAAUCAAGAAGUCUCAACCGUCCAGCCACUUCAGUGGAUAUGCUGACAAAAAAGCCUCUGAGAAGAAGAUCAUUCGAGAUGUUUUCAAGAGAGGAGAUGAGUACUUCAAUUCCGGUGAUUUGUUGGUGAGAGAUGAGUGCGGUUACUACUAUUUCAAGGACAGAACUGGUGAUACUUUCAGGUGGCGUGGGGAGAAUGUGGCUACCUCUGAAGUGGAAGCCGUGAUAAGCAACGUUGUGGGUUUGCGUGAUGCUGUAGUGUAUGGUGUGGAGAUUCCGAACGUUGAAGGAAAAGCUGGAAUGGCCGCCAUCGUGGAUGAGCAGAAGCAAUUGGACAUUGGACAACUUGAGAAUGGCAUCAAAAACUCUCUGCCAAGCUAUGCUCGUCCACUGUUUCUACGAGUCAUCGAACAAGUACCACUCACUGCGACAUUCAAACUGAAGAAGCUUGACCUGCAGUCAGAAGGCUAUGAUCCAUCGAAGAUCAAUGAUCCCCUCUACUUCAUGGAUGCGAAAAGCGGCAAAUACGUAACUCUAACCCCGCAACUCUUCCAGGAGAUCAUCGAAGGAAAACAAAGACUCUAAUUCAAUUACAAUUCAUUUGUUGUAACAUUUUUCAACCUGUUAUAUUUAUACUAUUUUUAUUCCAAUUGUUAUACAGUAUUAUAUAAGAUUGUUCUAUUUCCAA